AUAUAGCGUGACGUAGCAUAUGAAAAGCUCCAGAACCAGCGAAAGGAUUCCCGAGUAGGAAAGAACAAAAUCCAAUUUUUCUGUCGUCAAACGGAUCAAGCUUUUUGUGAGAUUUGGAUCAAUCACAAAAAGCAGGAUUCGCUUUUCGUAUAGGAAUUGGCUCACGGGAAAUAAAUCAACUGUUCAUUAUUUACAAUAACAAUCGAAAAAUGGAAGACAUGCGACAUGGUCAGCAAGUUGGUAACGUGGUGAUUGGAGUUGCUGGUGGUCCAGUUGGUCCAGGUAAUGUUGGUGGUGGGGGUGUUGGUGGUGGUGGUGGUGGUGUUGGACCUGUAUUAAAUCAUUCAUCAAAUAAUUCUCAUCGUCGUGGUAGAGCAAGAGUUACCAUGCAUGCAUUGAUGUCUGAAGCUUUGCCCUUGUACGAAGCAGCAAGAUUAGAAAUGAAAUCAUUACCAUCCAAGACACCAGUGUCUGUACUUCAAGAAUUGUUAUCACGACGUGGUACAACUCCAAAAUACGAGCUGGUACAGAUAGAAGGAGCUGUUCAUGAACCGACAUUUCGUUAUCGGGUAACCGUUGCUGAUGUCGUUGAUCCAAUUGUUUCAGCUAUGGGGACCGGCAGGUCCAAAAAAGAUGCUAAACACGCCGCGGCUAAAGCUGUAUUAGAUAAACUAAUUGGGGUUAAUUCAGGUGAUGCCGCUGCUGAUCCGCAAAUUAAUAACAUUAACGACUUGCAAAGUGCGCAACCAGAUGCAGAGGGUAAUUAUGGAGAAGAAAAAGUUAUCAACAAUCCAAUCGGAUCACUCCAAGAAAUGUGUAUGUCACGUCACUGGCCACCACCGAAAUACACAAUGGAAGGUGAAACAGGCCUUCCUCACGAGCGUCAGUUUACAAUCGUCUGUGCUAUGCUAAAAUACCGACAAGUUGGCCAGGGUAAAAGUAAGAAACUUGCAAAACGUCAAGCUGCUCACAAAAUGUGGCAGGCCUUGCGUGAUACAACUGAUCCAGUAGCCAACCCUGGAGGUGGUCUUGAUGAAGAUGAGAUUGUCGAGAGGAAUAUUAACUUGGCUGCACGCUAUACAACACUAAAAGAUAGCAAAAUUUCUACACUCACCACUCCUCACAGUCAUAAAGUUUCGCAAUUUCACAAGAACCUCAAGUCUUCCACCGGAGUUAAAUUAUCAGAGUUACAGAAUACAUGUCUGAAUGAUGGAGUAAUUAAUUUGGUUCAAUUCUUGCAAGAAAUAGCAUCUGAACAAUUAUUUGAAGUAACUUAUGUUGAUAUUGAAGAAAAAUCAAUCAGUGGUAAAUGCCAGUGCCUUGUGCAAUUAUCAACUUUGCCAGUCGCAGUAUGUUAUGGUAGCGGUAUUACCAGCAAAGAUGCUCAAGCAGCAGCAGCACAGAAUGCCCUUGAGUACCUUAAGAUAAUGACAAAAAAGUGAGCCAGCGUAAUAUAAGUGAUAAAAUAUAACAAUAAAUUUAUUUAAAUAAAAAUAAACUACAUAAUUGUAUCCUGAAACUCCAGCUGCUCUUUAUUUACGGUCGUAAGGAAGCGAUAUUAAAUAGCUUUUUAAUUGGAGUUGAAAUACUUAUAAUAUUUAUUAAUUAAUCUGAAUAGUAAUAUCUGAAAAUUUUUCUUUAUUAUAGAAUUGCAAGUAUACAAUUCAUAUAGAUCAUGUAGUUAAAUAUUAUUGAUAUUACUUGGUGUAAAAACUUGAAU